AUGGCCCCCCGCAGCUCCUCACCGCUGCCAUGGCUAUUGAUGCUGCUGCUGCUGAGGGGCUCCGCCGCCAGGGGACAGCUGGUGCCGGCGAUGUUCAUCUUCGGCGACUCGCUCAUCGACAACGGGAACAACAACAAUCUGGCCUCCUUCGCCAAGGCCAACUACUACCCCUACGGCAUCGACUUCGCCGGCGGACCCACCGGAAGGUUCUCCAACGGCUACACAGUCGUCGACGAAAUAGGUACCAUCGUCUCCCCUCCCCCACUUGAUCUCCGGAGCUCGGUGGUGAUUCGGUGGCAAGUGCUGGAACCCUAACUGUUAUCCCCCCUGUCGCUGUUCUGUUCGCCUCAAAUUAUUUAUCGUCCGUUCCUCCGGCUGUGGAGACUCACGUAUCUUUCUCAGUAGCAUUCGAACGCAAUCUAUAGUAACACCCCACGACGAUAAAUAUUCUGCAAAGGUAGUCGGCUGCAUUUAAUUAUCCAAGUCCCUGUCUUACUUUCCAGCCACAGUAUCUUUGACCUCGACUUCGCCCUCGUCGUCUUCCCCCCACCCGUCCGCAUCUUCGUCACCUUCUUUCACACAGCAUUUACGCCACCAUGAGCUUGGAUUUAAUGUACUGCACCUGCUACGACACGGAAACGAAAAUCUAUGGUCUUGACAUGGUCGCUGUUGACAUAUGAUAAGCUAUGCUGACCAUGCUGAUGGUUUUCGAUCGGCAGCCGAGCUGCUGGGUCUGCCGCUGAUACCGGCCCACUCUCAGGCAACUUCCACUGACGACGUCCUCCAUGGCCUCAACUACGCUUCCGCAGCUGCGGGGAUCCUCGACAUCACCGGCCAAAACUUCGUGAGUAAACGACCUCCUGAAUAUAAGAAGAUCGUCGCCACCGCCGCAGCCGCUGCUUGGCUCCUCCUCUCAGAUCUUCUUUCUCUUUCUUCUUCCUCCGUGCAGGUUGGGCGCAUACCCUUUAACCAGCAGAUCAGCAACUUCGAGAGCACGCUUGACCAGAUCACCUCCCGGCUGGGGGCGGCGGAGGCCACCAGCUCCAUCGGCCGCUGCAUCUUCUUCGUGGGCAUGGGCAGCAACGACUACCUGAACAACUACCUUCUGCCCAAUUACCCAACCCGCCUCCAGUACAACGGCGACCAGUACGCCGAUCUCCUCGUCCAGCAGUUCAACAGGCAGCUCACCGUAAGCUUCUCCUCCUCCCCACCCUCUCCGGUACCUGCUGCGUUACUCUGCUGACGAUCUCCCGCGGCAGCGGCUGUACAACCUCGGCGCACGCCGCUUCGUGCUGACCAGCGUCGGCUCGUUGGCCUGCAUCCCGAGCAUCCUCGCGCAGAACCCGUUCAGCCGGUGCAACGAGGACGUGGACGAGCUCGUCAUCCCCUUCAACACACGCGUGAGGGGGAUGGUGGACGGCCUCAACGCCAACCUGCCGGGGGCCAGGUUCGUCCUCAUUGACGUUUUCCACCUCUUCAGGGGCAUCCUCACCGACCCUCUCUCCUACGGUACGCUCUCUCUCUCUCGCUCGGGUACCUUCUUCUUCCUCGAACCGACCUCAUGGAGAUCUCUGCGGGUUUUUCUAGGGUUUAGCGUGAUCGACAGGGGCUGCUGCGGCAUCGGGAGGAACAGAGGCCAGAUCACAUGCCUCCCCUUCCAGACGCCGUGCAGGAACAGGGAUCAGUACGUCUUCUGGGAUGCCUUUCACCCGACCUCCGCUGUGAACGUCAUUCUCGGGCGGAAGGCCUUCUUCGGCGGGCCCGACGAGGUGUACCCCAACAAUGUGCGGCAGCUCGCCACCAUGAACCUCCGUUAG